AUGAGCUCCGAACCCACAUCGAACCCCACCAAUGCCACACCAAGCACUGCCCUUGAGGCCGUCUUGGUGCACUCCGUCAAGAUGCCCGAAACCGCCACAAAGAUCCAGGGAUACGACUUCAACAAAGGAAUCAAUCACCAGGAGAUUGUCAACUCGUUGCUGUUCUCGGGCUUCCAGGCCACCCAUGUGGGCGAGGCCAUUGCCGAAAUCAACCGGAUGAUCAACUGGAGGCUUGCCGACGAGCCCGUUCUGCCCGAUGACGACGAAUCCGACAAGGACCCCAAGUACCGCGAGCAGGUCAAAUGCAAGAUUUUCCUGGGAUACACUUCCAACAUGGUUUCAUCGGGCCUGCGGGAGGUUUUCCGGUUCCUGGCUGAGCACAAGUUGGUCGACUGCAUUGUUGCCUCCGCUGGUGGCAUUGAGGAGGAUUUCAUCAAGUGUCUUGCUCCUACUUAUGCCGGCUCCUUCAGCCUCUCCGGCGCAGAGCUGCGGAAAAAGGGACUGAAUCGCAUCGGCAACCUGCUGGUGCCAAAUGACAACUACUGCUUAUUUGAGGACUGGGUCAUGCCCAUUCUCGAUGAGCUGCUCGCCGAGCAGAAAGACAAGGGCGUUAUUUGGACUCCUUCCAAAAUCAUCCAUCGUCUGGGCGAGCGCAUCAACAACCCAGAGAGCAUCUAUUACUGGGCAUGGAAGAACAACAUUCCGGUCUAUUGCCCAGCCUUGACCGAUGGAUCGCUCGGAGACAUGAUCUACUUUCACUCGUUCCGCAAUCCCGGCUUGAUCAUCGACAUUGCGGCCGACAUCCGCGCCAUCAACAGCGAAGCCGUGUAUGCCAAAAAGACAGGCAUCAUCAUUCUUGGCGGUGGCGUGAUCAAGCAUCACAUUUGCAAUGCCAAUCUGAUGCGCAACGGUGCCGACUAUGCCGUUUACAUCAACACGGGCCAGGAGUUUGACGGCAGCGACAGUGGCGCCCGCCCUGACGAGGCGGUUUCGUGGGGCAAGAUCCGCCUGACGGCCAAGCCCGUCAAGGUCUAUGCUGAUGCCUCGAUUGUCUUUCCAAUGAUCGUCGCCGAGACCCUUGCCAAGGCGUACUUUGACGGGCGACGUGGCCAGUAG